AUGUUUCAACCACAGCAGCCGGAACGUCGGAGUGAGCUACUCUCGAAUGUUUUCUGGUUGGUGGCGCGGAAUUCUCAGCGGCAGCGUGUGCGGCAUGCUGCAACUGGAGCGGAGGAGCAGCAGGGCGGCGAGCCCUGUGAGGCUGAGCAGCGGCAAGCAAGAAACAUCUUGAAACAGGAAUCUGUGGUGACUCAAGUGUGCAGAAGAGUUUUUCGGAAGGCUCAAAGGGACAAUGCGGCGCCAAAUUUCCAAAAGAGUGGGUUGGUCGGCAAGCAGAUCGAAAGAAUUUGGAAUGCCUUGGUGGAAGGAACUUCAGAAGAAGUCGCGACAGCCGUGUUUACGGGGGCAGAGCAGACAGUUGGUGUUGUCACUGGCCUUGCGCGUGUAUCCAUACAGCAUCUGGAAUAUGGUCCUUUGGCUAUUCUUGAUUGGGAAGAGAGAUUUGCUUGGGAGUAUUUUAACAGACUUCCUUUGAUAUUCUUGAAAGUGGAGCAAAUCUGCAGUCUUCUUGACGUGGAUGCAAACAGGAGGAAGGUGAGUUGGUCAUCCCAAAGACCCCAUAUGAUAUCUAGCAUUCAUCCUGGCCUCAAAGACGAACUUGUGCGACUCCCCCAAGUGCAAGCUUUUCUCAGGGAGCAAGAUGUGGAGGAGGAACAUGUGUCAUGUUUUGCCUUGCAAGUGUGGCAGCCUGUUGCUUAUCUGUUGCCGAUGGGGCGGAUGAGUUUUUUUGGCAUCGGCGGUAUGCUUAGAAAUCUGCCGCGGGGAAGUCCUGCAGAGUUGAGAGCGGCAUGGCGCGAAGCUUGCAGAUUUCAUGUUGCAGACGCUCGCGGCGACCAAGACGACAACCGCGGGGUCCUGCAAAAUCCUCAUAGCCUGCGAGUUUGGGCAGGGCAUAUUCGUGCAUGGGCCGUUCACGUGUUACAUGGUCGUGCAAACAAUCAAAAUCAGGAUCCGGAUGAGCAGAGAUUUCUGUUGGAAACAUGUGUCCAGAUUUUCGAGCAUGAAGCAGACAAUCUGGAAGCCCACCAUGGGGCCUCUCCGUGGAUGGAAGGUUUCGGUAGAUUCGGGUUUCAGAGGCGUUACAAGAUGAUUCAGCUCUUGAGAUUGGUUCUAUUAGUCCGGGACAUCAGGACGGCCACGAAGACGAAGGAAGUCUUGAUCAGUGCUUUGCGAGCAGUUUUUCCGCCAGAGGCUUUGGAGUAUCUACAAAGCAUGAUUGCUGAUGUUGAUGAGGCUGGAAAUGGAAUCGUUCCGUCCAAGGCAGUUCUUUACAACAUGCGUUUUGUUGUUGACCUAAGCUUGAUGUUGCACAUGAGAACUGUUUUGCGUGCAAACUUUCUGCAAGAAUUCAACAAUGACGACAUCAUGUGGUACAACCAUGCUCCUGCAGUUUAUUUGCUUGCAGAUUCGAGUCCGCAGGGUGGAAAGAACUUGCUGAACUCCGAGUAUACCAUGGUUCUAGCAGAGGAUAUUUUGGAAUUGGCGAAGAUUCAAGUGGCUAUACGGGAGACUUUGCAAGCACUGUCGCGGGAGGAUCUUCAGGAGCACGAGCUAAAGAACUUUCUGGAAGAGCAUGAUGCAUUGCUGGAAGCUGGUUGCAAACUUUUUCGGCACCAUGCAAAUAUACCCGUUGUUCUGGGGUCCGGGCAUGCAGGUCUAGUGCAUGAGUUUGUUGCCUUGCAGCAUGCGGUGUUCAUGGAAACAGGCUGUUCAAGAACAUUGGCAAGCUGGAACCACUGUGUUGUAUCAACUACGACAGAUAGAGGGGUCGAAAAGGCGUUGAACAGGAUGCAGCCGUUGUCUUUUGGCCAGGCUUUUCCUUACUUCACAGGUCCCCGAAACCAAGAAGGCCCAGGAAACAUCGACUUGGAGUUCGAGGAGGACGGAGGCCAUGUAGGACUUGCACCUCCGGUUGUUCCAGCAGUUGGCGUUCGAGACAACAUGCUGCAUGAUCGUGCGAGAAUCGAUGAGGACGUGAGUUUGCAUUUGUCGCAUUCAUUGGAUGUUGCUGGAGCAAUGCAUUCCUUGCACAAUAUCAGCUUGGGUUUCUUGUCCAGUAUGCGAAACUAUGACACGUACUUCUGGCCAAAGUUGCAAGCCCUGACUCGUUUUCUGCAUGCCCCGUACUAUAGAGAGCGAUUCUGUGAGAAGUGCUUGGUCGGGAAUCUGGAACCGAUGGGAGCGUUGCUGGAGUCAUUCCCUUACAAGCUUGUGCAGUGGCGGUGGCUGACAAUCACGGCUGUAGUCCCUCACCUUUUGCAGCUUGAGCAUGUGUUGGUUGCAGGUUGGGAUCCUGGGCGCAUGGGCGUCAGAGUGGCGGCGGAGCAGCAGCGUGCCGAGGAGGAUGAGUAUCACAACAUGUCUUGGGAUCUUGUGCAUGAAGCGAUCAGAAGCACGGACUUUUGGGCUUGGCUCCGGAUGUUGUCGAUUCUUACCGCUAUUAUGAGUUACCUCGAGAGAUGGUUCUUUGGUUGCGAGUGUCAUUUCGAGGAGCCCACAUUGCAGAAUCUGAUUCAUGCAGUGCGUGUUGGAGUGCCACUGAAUCGGCAAGACAAUCGCGACCGUAGCAAGGUCGUGUGCCCAUUUCGUCAGCGUCGGGGUCCAGAGCUUGCUAGCGGUGAUUUUUUGAAUAUGGUGGAGACAUUGUGUUUGGUGAGUUCGCAAGAGCUUGUAUCGGUAGUGAUUCCUGCCUGCAGUGAGCGAGGGCGAGCUAGAGUAGCCGAAGAUUUCCAAUGUGCGAGGCAGCACUUGUCCUUCCACUUGAAGGUGCAGUUCUCAGCUUGGUCUAUGCUUCCCCGAGUUCUGGUCGGCGUCAUGCACUCAGAUGUGGAGAAGGCCCGUCAUUGUGCGAUCAUGGCAUUGAGUCAGUAUUCGGAUCUUCGGCCAGAACAACAGGAGCAAAGUCAUUUCAUUGUGAAAUCGUUUCUGGAUGCAGCAGGGCGGUUGAGGCCUUUGAUGUGUCGUUUCAUUGCUGGAGAAUCCCUGAUUUCCUUACCGCUGUUGCAUUUCCAUGUUGUGCGGCUGGGGCUCGUACCCAUUGUCGAGAUCACAGUGGAAGGCAUGCAUGCAGUGAUACAGUCGGCGAUCAAACGAGGAAGUCAUCAUUCAAGUAUGCCUACAAUAUCACUUGCCAAUCGUUGGUCGGAAUUCUUGGAUGCUUUGAGUGUACAGCACCGCUUCGAAUGGUUUGCCAACACCUGCCUGCAAAUCUAUCACCCAUUGAGAGCGGCUCCAGUUUUCGGGGUUGACUCACACCCGACGCUACGAGGAGCAUACCCGGGUAACGAGAACCCCAACUUGUUGCAUUUGUUGGGCUCAACCUUCAAGUGGACGAAAUGUGUCAAAGGCCUCAUUUAUCGAAGUGACCGCAAAUUGGCUUUACAGGAUCUGCCAGGCAUGGACAAGCCAAAGCCACCUCCCAAAGGCAUUGUCGUUAAGGACGAGGAGGCCUUGUUGAAUUUGGAAGCAUUUCGAGCUUUCGUGGAAACCGUCGACAGAGAUUGCUUCUAUAGUGUACCUAUCAAGCUUCAUCUCCCCAACAAUGGAAUUUCUGAGCUGCGUGUUGUGCCUGCACAUGAGCAUAUUCGUGUGGGUACUAGGGCGCAAGAGGUGGAGAUGCCAAGCUGGUUGAAGAAGGAAUGUGGGCUCAACGAUGUGGGGUUAGAGUUUGAGGAUGCAGAAGUGUUCGGAUUGCCAUCCACACAUGCUCGGCUCACCCAUCGGCAAUGUGCUGAUGCUGAUCACUUCUUUUUUCAGCUGCUGUCCAAGCAUCCUUCGAGAUUGAAGCAGGAUAUCAAUGCUUUCUCGUCCGGUGACGUCGCUGUGUCUCAGCAUACAUGCGUAAGCCUAGAGACUGCCGGUGGUGCCAAGGCCCCAAAUGCAGAGUCAGCCAUGAAAGCAGUCGUUGAGACAUUGGCUUCCAACAGUUAUGUGUCGAUGAGUAGUAGUCAUGCGCCCGAGGGAAUGUGCGAGUGGAUCUUGCCGGGAAACCAGGCGUCUCAUCUGCGGAAGGCGUUGUUGUGGGAGCAUGACGAGUUUGUACAUUGUGUCGCAAAUCAUACAGCCCCCAUUGAUCAUGAUGUGAAGCAGUUGUUGGAGCAUGCCGUCGAGUACAAAGCCACCCCUGGGUCAUCGAAUGUGUUGCCCCUGGCUGACUGCACGGAGGAAGAGCAGGCUUGUUUAAGAAAGGCGGAUCCUGCUUACUUUUCCUUCGUUCCGAGUCUGUCUGGAUACCAGAUGACCCAUGAAGCAACAGACAUGCUUUCCUUUCAGCGAUUCUUGAGAAAUCCGAAGCCUUUGUUGACUGCCGACCAGGAUGCCCCUUUGAAGGAGCAAACUACCUUCACGUUGCUGAGCUCUUUGUUUGCUGCAGGAUGGAAGCUGCUUCGUGCCAGGCCCAAGGACAACAUGCCUUUGCUCAAUAUCAACGUGGGGCCUGUGUCCCAACCCCAGCGGCUGAUUCGUUUGUCGCCUGAUGCUUCACACGUGGCCAGAUCUUAUUUGGUGUGUUUGGCUAUGAUUUGGAGCUCCAGUGAUUUUCGGACUUUCCUGCGUGAGAACCAGAUCCUUUCUGUGAAGCAUGGGCAGGACGAGAAGUACUACGAUAGACUGUUAUCCGAGAAUCCUGAUAAGCUGCUGAAAGUUGACUUUGAGGUAGAUGGAGGAGUCCUCGACCCACAGUCGUUGCGGGAUUCUCGUGUCACAGCAGGUGGUCGUGGUCGUGGUGUUGGCAACAAAAUGAGAUUGCCGGAGUCUUUCCGAUGGGGUGCCGUCAGCUUCAAAUACCACCAGCCACCCAAGGGAUCCCAGCAUGGUUCCUUGCAGUGCGAUUGUAUGAGACGUAGCCACCGACGUACCAACCAGAAGGGACAGCCGAUCAUUUGCACAUGGACUUGCAAGUUUGAGAACGAGGAUGCCCGUCAAGAGCUGGUCCGUAGAAUGAAGCAUUGGGUUGUUCUGGGUUUGGAUUGUGCCACACAUGGCAAGCAUCAAGACCUUAGAAAAGUCAUCAUGAACAAGUCCAUGGAUGAGAUACCAGAUGAAACUGCUUCGAAUGCUGUGAUGCCUUCUGAAGACAGGGAUGCCACUGAUAUAGAAGGGGAAUCAAUGGUCCCUGUCCCUGAGUUUUUCGUGCCCGGGGAAGCCAGCAGCAGUAGUGCUUUGCCAGCACCAACGGCAAAGGCAACGGCCAAGGCAAAGCAAAAACAGAAAGCAAAGACAAAGGCAAAAGCCAGGGCCACACGUCAGCAGCCGGCCGAAGUUGUCGAGCCAGCUCCCAAGCGGGCACGGGUGCUUGAAGCACCUCAGUCGCCUCGAGACGAAGCGGCUUCGGAUCCUCCCACAUCGGACUCAGGCAGCAGCUCAUCCAGUUCCAGAUCCGGGCGAAGUUCAGGUACUGAUGAAUCAGGAUCAUCGUCCAGCUCCUCCUCUUCUUCGUGA